AUGACGUUCAAUAUGGAGAUCAAGCUAGCCGACAUCGGUUUCGCCGGUUCAUUUGGAGAUCCUUGGACAACUUAUCCUUGCUCCUUUAGAUCACGUCGAUAUUCAAAGGCAGCUGAUAUGUGGUCUGUUGGUUGUAUAUUUGGAGAGAUGAUAACUGGGAAACCUGUAUUCCAGGGAAAAACUCAAAUGGACCAAUUGAAGUCAAUUUUUCGCCUGUUAGGUACCCGAACUGAGGAAUCCUGGCCUAGAGUGACUGAGAUAUGCAGUCGCAGAACACUCUUAUGCUUUCCCAAAUUUGAACGAAUAAUGAACCUGGCAAUGAAGUUCUUUGGUUUUGAACGAGAAGGCAUUGAUCUUCUUUCCAAAAUGCUUUGCCUGGAUCCGCGCAAAAGAAUUUCAGCUGCUAAUGCUCUUCAACAUGAUUACUUCAAAGAUUUCAAUCAGAGAGGAAGGGCUUUUACUGCAAAGUUCUUAAUCACCAGUUCCUGGUUUUCUAUUUCAUUUACUCAUAUUUCAGGGUUUUUACUGCAAAGUUCUUACCAGUUCCUGGUUUGCUAUUUCGUAUACGCAUAUUUCAAAUAUCUGACGCUCCGUAUGCUCCGCGUUGGCUUGUGGCAAAAAGAAGAGGAUGAAGAAGCAGCCCUUAUGGUCAUAGAUUUUAUCCAUGGAAACCGAUAUUGGACCCUAUCGGAGAAGGCUCUCGUUCGGUUUGAGAUGUAG